AACAAUGCAGCUAAUAUGAAGAAAGCUUGUGAGCUUUUAAAGAAAAAGCACCUUCCCUGCUUUGCCCAUUGUAAUAAUUUAGUUGUUCAAGACAGUAUUAAAAUAAAUCCGCUGAAAGAUCUAUUAGCCAGAUGUAAAGAAAUUGUGCAAUACAUAAAAAGUAGUAAUGUUGCUACUGAAUUAUUUAAAAAAGAACAGAAUAGAAAAACUCCAUAUAAACUAGUUCAAGAGGUAAGUACCCGAUUGAAUAGUGCCUAUAAAAUGAUAUCAAGGAUACUAUUAACAAGUGAUCCACUUAAUAAAGCACUGCUUAAAGGUUCUAAAGCCCCUGCUCGUUUGUAGAAGAACUAUCGAUUUUGAGGGAAGUACAGGAUGUGAUGGCAUGUUUUGAUGAGGCAACGACAAAAAUAUCAGACAAUACAUAUGUAACAGUAUCUCUUGUCAUUCCCAUUAUUUGUGGAAUUCACAAAAUUCUGACAAAUAAGAUACCAGAAUUGCAAACAGAUGAAGGCAGACAAAUUGGUUUAACAUUGUUGGAUUCAAGGUUUAAAAAAGAAGGCUUUAUGAGCAAUGAGAAUGCUACAUCUGCAUUACAUUUUCUGGAACAAGAAAUGAACUACAUGAUGAAAAAGCAAGCAGGUGAUAUUGUAUUAGACCAAGAUUCCAUCGCAGGUCCUAGUCGCACAAGUAGUUCUUCAGGUGCGUCUUACUUGUUUUCAUUUGUGGAAGAAAAGGUACAUGACAAAAUAAAAUCUUCAAUGGUUGAUACAAUUAUUAUGGAGAGGCAAUACAAGGAGCGACAUAAUUCUGCCCAAGACACAAAUCCACUUCUAUUUUGGAAGGUGAAUAGCAAUGAUUUUGAGCCCAUGCUAGAGCUGUCCAAAAAAUAUAUCUGCAUUCCAGCUUCUAGUGUAGAGUCAGAAAGGACAUUUAGCACAGCUGGACAAAUUGUAUCUGACAGACGGUCAAGGAUAAAACCAAAAAAUGUAGACAUGUUAGUUUUCCUUAAUAAAAAUCAAUGGUUGAUUGAUCAACAGUAAAACAAUAAUAACUAGAGAUUUUCUCCUUAAAAAUGUAAUAUAGGAGUUUUUUGGUGACUGCAAA